GUGAUGACGCAAGUCGGGUGACUCUCGGGCAGCCUGAAGUGCGCGGCAAAAGAAGUGGGACACAAACAAAAAACAUGUGGCUACCACACUGAGGAACCGGCGCAGGUGAAGCUGAGAAGACAUGAUGGGGUUGCACACAUCCCAGAAGAAGCACUUUCCCCUGCGGGGGAUUGAUGGCGUUGUUCAGCUCUUCGACGCCGAGCUCCGCAAGUCUGAGCCGGACUUAGCCCUCCUCUCGCUGGUCCUGGGCUUCGUCGAGCACUUCCUGGCCGUCAACCGCGUGGUGCCUGUCAAUGUGCCCGGCGUGCGCUUUGAGCCACUGGAGCCAGACUGUCCCAACUCGUGCUUCCCUACUGUAGAGCUGGGUAUGCUCUCUGCGCUGUAUGAGCGCUUCACAGCGCAGAUCCGCGGGGCAGUGGACCUGUCGCAGUACAGGAGGACAUCCGCCGGCUCGAGUCGCGAGUUGGUGAAGAAAGUUUCCGACGUGAUUUGGAACAGUCUGAGUCGCUCUUACUUUAAAGAUCGAGCUCAUAUCCAGUCUCUCUUUAGCCUCAUCACUGGGACAAAGCUGGAUAGCUCGGGGGUGGCCUUUGCUGUGGUGGCAGCCUGCCAAGUCCUGGGUCUGAAGGAUGUGCACCUGGCUCUGUCCGAGGACCACGCCUGGGUCAUUUUUGGCAAGAAUGGAGAAGAAACGGCUGAGGUCACCUGGCACGGCAAGGGUAAUGAGGACAGGCGAGGACAGACGGUCACAGCGGGAGUCAGCGAAAAGAGCUGGCUCUAUCUGAAGGGAUCCUACAUGAAAUGUGACAGAAACAUGGAAGUAGCCUUCAUGGUUUGUGCCAUUAACCCUUCACUGGAUCUGCACACAGAUAGCUCUGAGCUCCUGCAGCUACAACAGAAGUUGCUGUGGUUGCUGUAUGACCGAGGCAACUUGGACAGGUAUCCAAUGGCCAUGGGGACUCUUGCAGACCUGGAGGACCAAGAGCCAAUCCCAGGGAAGGAGAGCCCAAUAGAAAUUCACCUCAAGGCUGUGAGUUCAGCCCAGAAACAUUACCACAACGAGCACAUUUACCCUUACAUGUACCUGGCGGGCUUCCACUACAGGCACAAAAACGUGCGGGACGCACUGAGAGCGUGGGCUGACGCCGCCAAAGUUAUGCAGGACUACAACUACUUCCGUGAGGACGAGGAGAUCUACAAGGAAUUCUUUGACGUUGCAAACGACGUCAUUCCAACUCUGCUGAAGGAAACGUCCGUCGCUGCUGAAAAUCCAUCUGAGGGCGGCGACGUGGGAGAAGUUGGUGAUAAACCAAAGCAGGCGGCCGCCUUCUCGGCCCUGCAGGACCCAGAAUGCUUUGCCCACCUGCUGUCCUUCUACGACGGCAUCUGCAAGUGGGAGGAGGGCAGUCCCACGCCAGUGCUGCAUGUGGGCUGGGCCACCUACCUGGUCCAGUCCCUCAGCCGCUUUGAUGCGCAGGUGCGUCAGAAAGUGUCCAUCAUCACCAAAGAGCCAGAAUGUCAGGAGGACGACGACGCGUCCAGCGAGGACCCCUGGGAGGGCCGCAGACGAGGUUCCCGCAGAGAGCCCAAACUGGAGGAACAGAACUCUCCCCUCCCUGCUGCCCCGACCUCCCCAGCCUCCCAGAUGACCGGGGCGGCGGCACCGCCUCCUCAGCCUAAGAAAGUAGGCGAGGGUGUGGCCCGCCGCCGUUCCUCCCAAGGCCAGCGGGGUGCAGAGGGGGCUGAGGGCAAGCCUAAGUCCCCUGGCCCCAACGCGGCGCCCUCCCCUCAGCAGCAGGCGGCAUCGCCCUGCCCAGCUGCCCCAGUGGUCAUCUUCCAGAGCGAGAAGAUGAAAGGCAUGAAGGGGCUGUUGUGCGCCGCCAAGGUGAACUCCAGCGCCAUCAAACUGCAGCUAACUGCUCAGUCUCAGGUCCAGAUGAAGAGGCAGAAAAGCACGCCGCCUGGGGACUACUCCUUGUCCUUCAUGAAGAGGCAGCGCAAGGCUCUUUAAGCUGUGAAAGCCAACACUGGUCUUCAUCCUUAUCUCCACCUUCUCGUAGCUACCAGCAAUAGCACGCUAACAAACCUGAGUGUGUUCGGAGCUCCGCCUCCUGUGUUUGUUGCUUUUCUGGUGAACACCGUUCAUGACUGAAAGCUCAACAUAUCUUCAAUUUAGGAUAGUUACUGUGUAACAUUGUCCACCACCGCGCUAAGGAUAGCUUCUUUCUUGCUAGCUCGAUGUUGCCUUACGUCGCCUUUGUUUGUUUUAUUUGGAAGAUUUAGAGUAGAGAAGCCUAGAAAGACCAAGCACUGUCCUCACAGCCACGCUAGCUGGUCCUGCUACUUUGUGCAUUGUUUCCUUCUUGGUUUUCUAUCUGCUAGUAAUAAAGAUCUGAUCAAAUUA